AAAACAUCAUCGCAUCGGCUCAAUAUAUUCUCAAUUUCAGUGACGAUGAAGUCAUUGUUCAAGUUAGACGAUAAUAUGAGUUGCGGUAUCGUAAUAUUAUUGCUUGGAAUAUUGUGUGGCAGUGCAUUUGCCGAAAAGAAAUUAUGCACGUCCGAUAGGAAUUGCUCUUCCUUAGAUUACUGUGAUUUGAAGUUAGGAUUUUGUGUGGCUUCCCCAUUUGGUCUGGGUGUGAUUGCGCUUGUUGUUAUUCUAGUAUUUUGUGUAGUGAUAGCAAUUGUUGUAUGGUCAUGUAGAAGACACUCAAGAAGGAAUAAUUUCCGUCCGCACAACCAAUACUUGCCACAAACAGUAAUUACAAGAAAUGCACCAGCAUUGAAUCAACAACAAACAGGUGUGACUACCACUACCGUCUAUCCACACAAUCCUCAACCGAAUCAAUUUUCUACCGAUUCCGACAAUCCACCAGCUUAUAACAAAGUAGUUGGAAUAAAUGCCAAUCAAAUGCCGUCCGCACCACCCGCUGGAUAUGCGUAAUGCACGAGAAACAAGCAUUCAAAGCAAGAAGCAGAGUGUGUUAUAUAAUUAUGUACAUUGGAACGGUUGAUUCAUUCAUCAUUCAUUCAACAUUUUCUGUGAUAAUUUUGCAACAUUGAUUUGGCAGUGCCAAAUUGGCACAAGGAAAGUUUGCUAUUUUUGAUCUGGAAAUGACUAUAUACACUCGAAUGUAACUGUGAAUUUUUUGAAAUAUAAAAUAGAAUAUUUCACGAAAGUGUUACAUUCCAAAGGGUGGUAUGUCUCUUUUGCAUUGGCGCUUGAUGCGAUCCUAACAGUGAAAAUUGAAAGUAUGUGCUUCAGCAUCGCACCUCUCAAAUUUGAUUUUAAAGCGCGAAGUAUGUUCGUUUUAAAACAGCUAUUCAACCAUAUUCAGACAUUCCAAUGAAUUAGAUCGAAAACUAUUUACAUUUUUGAGCUAUCUGA